AGCAGCAACUCCAUCUCCGGAGCUCUAGAUUCAGAUAAGAACAAUGGCGAUUCCGAUGCCUACUCGCCAGCUAUUCAUCGACGGCGAAUGGAGAGAACCCAUCUUGAAGAACCGAAUCCCGAUCGUGAAUCCGGCUACUGAAGAGGUUAUUGGUGAUAUUCCUGCAGCUACAACGGAGGACGUGGAGGUUGCAGUCAACGCUGCUCGAAGAGCAUUUUCAAGGAAUAAAGGGAAGGAUUGGGCCAAAGCACCUGGAGCUGUUCGUGCUAAGUAUUUACGUGCUAUUGCUGCUAAGGUAAAUGAAAGAAAGACGGAUCUGGCAAAGCUCGAGGCGCUUGAUUGUGGUAAACCAUUGGAUGAAGCAGUAUGGGAUAUGGAUGAUGUUGCUGGAUGUUUUGAAUUUUAUGCUGACCUUGCUGAAGGGUUAGAUGCUAAGCAGAAAGCACCAGUCUCGCUUCCCAUGGAGAGUUUUAAGAGUUAUGUUCUGAAGCAACCUCUUGGAGUUGUGGGACUUAUUACACCAUGGAAUUACCCCCUUUUGAUGGCUGUUUGGAAGGUGGCUCCUUCACUUGCUGCAGGGUGCACUGCGAUUCUCAAGCCAUCAGAGCUGGCAUCUGUUACUUGUUUGGAGCUUGCUGAUAUUUGUCGAGAGGUUGGUCUUCCUCCUGGGGUCCUCAAUGUUUUGACUGGUUUAGGUUCGGAAGCUGGUGCUUCUUUGGCAUCACACCCUGGAGUGGACAAGAUUGCAUUUACUGGAAGUUUUGCCACAGGAAGUAAGGUCAUGACAGCUGCGGCUCAGUUGGUGAAGCCUGUUUCUAUGGAACUUGGUGGGAAGAGCCCUCUCAUUGUGUUUGAUGACGUUGAUCUUGAUAAAGCUGCUGAAUGGGCUCUCUUCGGUUGCUUCUGGACAAAUGGUCAGAUCUGCAGUGCAACUUCCCGUCUUCUUGUUCAUGAAAGCAUCGCAUCUGAAUUCAUAGAAAAGCUUGUAAAGUGGAGUAAGAACAUUAAAAUUUCAGACCCCAUGGAAGAAGGAUGCAGGCUUGGUCCUGUCGUGAGCCAAGGACAGUACGAGAAGAUAAUGAAGUUUAUCUCAGCAGCUAAGAGUGAAGGAGCAACGAUCUUGCAUGGUGGUUCUCGACCUGAGCAUCUUGAAAAGGGCUUCUUCAUUGAACCAACUAUCAUAACUGAUGUAACCACUUCAAUGCAAAUCUGGAGAGAAGAAGUUUUUGGGCCUGUUCUUUGCGUGAAAACAUUUGCCAGUGAGGACGAGGCAAUUGAGCUAGCAAAUGACUCCCAUUACGGACUAGGAGCUGCAGUGAUAUCUAAUGACACAGAAAGAUGUGACCGUGUAAGCGAGGCCUUUGAAGCUGGCAUUGUCUGGAUUAACUGCUCGCAGCCAUGCUUUACCCAAGCCCCAUGGGGUGGUGUCAAACGCAGUGGGUUUGGACGAGAACUUGGAGAAUGGGGACUUGAUAACUACUUGAAUGUGAAGCAAGUGACUCUCUACACUUCAAACGAUCCAUGGGGAUGGUACAAAUCCCCCAACUAAGUAAUGAAAAUGGAAACCAAACCAAAUGUUGUGUGUUCCAUCUUUGUGCCUUUAUUGACAGUAUGUCUAGUUUGGUCCUGAAACUCUAUUGUAAAACCCUUUUGAGUUUAGGAAAAGAAAAUGAAUAAAAGGUUAUAUUGUUG